CCAAUCAGUCAGCCCAACAUGUGCUCUGUUGAACCCUAGCCACCAUUAAGGAGUGGUAGGGGUCAUCAUCUGCUUGACUGUAAUUUGCCCCCCACACUUGUCAUAACAGCAGGUCUGAGGUUUAAGGAGCAGAGCGACAGGGAUGUUCUGCUCCAUUCAGCUGCAACCUGUGUGACAACUGCUCCUCACUGAUGGGGAAAGAGGAGGCUCAGAGCUGAGGAAAGCACUCUCACUCCUGGACCGGCAGCACUUACAUGAGCCUCUGAAGCUUCUCAGGUUUUAGCAGACAAUCCUGGAUAUUUUUUUUUUUAAAUCUGCCACUGACAGACUUUUUCGUAUUGCAAUUUUUUGCACUGGAACAGAGCACAACGCCUCAGGGCUGAAUCCGUUCCUCUGCACUUCCACGAGGUGGAGGUAAGGUAGAGGCCGUGUGGGUGUGUGUGUGAGAGAGUGUUUCAGCUGAGGAUAUUACCUCAUAGAGGAUAAGCUGUGAUUGAAGAGGUCUAACAGAGGUCUCUCACUCUGACUCCAUUACUCCUCGCUUCUUAUCUGAGCAGAUUUUCUGUUCGAGUUCAGAGGGGAAGUUUUGACAGCCAGGCUUUACAGCCCUCUCUCCGCUCUGUCGCUCCUGACAGAGAGAAAGAGAGAGAGAGAGAGUGAGUGGAGAGGUGGUGACUUCAUCCCCUCUCUUAACCAACCCUCCUCCUCCCCCCUCCUUUUUUGAGCUUUCUUUUUUUCUUUUUCUUUUUUUUUGCACAGCACAGUCAGGCAGCAUGCCAGCAGUUUUCAUCUUGCUGCGGUCCCUGGUUAUCAGGCUCCUCAGUAGCAGACUGGCAGGCUCAGUGGCACAGUUCCUCAGGAGAAGCCUCUCUACAGGCGCUGCCCACCUUGGCACGGCGCUGCGCCACGUCUGGGACCGCAUUCGAUCCCAGGAGUCCAAGGAAGCCAUCCUGGGCUGUGUGCUGUGCAUUCUCAACAUGCACAAGAAGGUGGAGAACUGAGCUCUUCCUCCACUUUCUGUUCAA